GGCUGCCAGAGGCAAAGUGGACGCGGUGUUCGGCUUCUUUUUUUUUUACGCUAAUUACCCGAAGAGUUACGUCAACUGACGAGCGGAGAAGAAGUUUUUUUUAUGAGUACUAUUUCAUUUCUCCCCUUCUUCUGUUUCCCGCUGCAGUUCCUGCUUUACACGCAGACUGUCAUUCAGAAAUACUACAGUCUUCUGCUUCUACUCACGUGUUUGACCUCAGUCUACAUAAACUGUGUUUUUACCUUUUACUCCUCUGUUAUUGUGUCGCUCGCGGUGACUUAUUGUGAACGUUUUUUUAAUUAUUAUUUUUGUUAUUUCACUGCACUUCACUCGCGCUGCGGUGACAUCUCCUCACAUCUCCUCACGCUGCUGUAAUUAAGAAGCUGAGAGAGAGAGAGAGAGAGAGAGAGAGGAGGUGGAUAAAGUUAGUGCGGGAUAACGGGCACGUUAAACGUGCAGGACACCAGUGGCUCACAUUAACUGGAGGAUCUGUCAUCACUGCUGGGAUUCUCACUAUCAAAGAGUCUGCGCGUCAGAGUGCUUUUUCUCUGAGAAUUAACCCAAAAAUGGAGAUUCUGUGGUUGUGUCUGCUGCUGGAGAUGGUCCUGGUGUCCACUGCUGCGAGGGGUCCCCCCAGGGUGUCGGAGCGGGUGGCUCACCGCCAGAGCGUCCGCCUCGGUCGCACCAUGAAGCUGCCUUGUCCGGUGGAGGGCGACCCCCCGCCGCUUAUCAUGUGGACCAAAGACGGCCGCAACAUCCACAGCGGCUGGACGCGAUUCAAGGUGUUGCAGCACGGCCUGCGGAUCAAAGACGUGGAGACGGACGACGCCGGGACUUACAUCUGCAAGGCCACCAACGGCUUCGGGAGCGUCAACAUCAACUACACGCUCAUCAUCAUCGAUGACUCCGGCGCGAGAGGUGGAGCAGGAGCGGCCAAUGGCGACUCGGAACACGGCCCAGAGCUUGCCGGGAAACUGGUGCGUCCACGUUUUACCCAGCCGGCAAAGAUGAGGAAGCGCGUCAUCGCUCGCCCGGUGGGCAGCUCGGUGCGUCUGAAGUGCACGGCGAGCGGAAACCCUCGGCCCGACAUCGUCUGGCUGAAGGACAAUCGGCCGCUGGUGGACGAAGACGGCGGAGCCGGAGGAGACGGAAAGAAGAAGAAGUGGACUCUGAGUCUGAAGAACCUGACGCCGGAGCACAGCGGGAAGUACACCUGCCACGUGUCCAACAGAGCAGGGGAGAUCAACGCCACCUACAAAGUGGAAGUCAUACAGCGUACCAACUCUAAACCCAUCCUGACCGGCACUCACCCCGUCAACACCACCGUAGACUACGGCGGAACCACGUCCUUCCAGUGUAAAGUCCGCAGUGACGUCAAGCCGGUGAUCCAGUGGCUCAAACGGGUCGAACCCGGCGACGAGAACAAAUUCAACUCCACCAUAGAGGUCGGAGAUCAUCGCUUUGUGGUCCUGCCGACAGGAGAGGUGUGGUCUCGUCCCGACGGAUCUUACCUCAACAAGCUGCUGAUCACCAGAGCCAAGGAGGAGGACGCGGGCAUGUACAUCUGCCUGGGAGCCAAUACGAUGGGCUACAGCUUCAGGAGCGCCUACCUGACUGUGCUGCCAGAUCAGAAGCCCAUAAUCAACUCUGUGCCCACGGCACCGUCCCCGGGCCUCCCCUGGCCCGUCAUCAUUGGAAUACCAGCAGGCGUCGCUUUCAUCUUAGGCACCGCCCUCCUCUGGUUCUGCCAGUCGAAGCGCACCUGCUCCUCUUCCUCGUCCUCCUCCUCCUCGUCCUCCUCGUCCUCCGCUUUGCCCGCCGCUCAGCGUCAGCCAGCGGGCAGCCGCGAGCGGACCUGCCCCGCGCCGCCUCCGCAGACGUCCAGCGGGGACAAAGAGUGUCUGUCGUACGAGGACUACGUCGCACAUCAGCAGCUGCUCGCGGCUCAGGGGAGCGCUCCUCUGGCGCCGAAGGUCUACCCCAAGAUCUACACGGAUAUUCACACGCACACGCAUUCGCACGUGGACGGGAAAGUGCACCAGCACCAGCACAUUCACUACCAGUGUUAGCAGCCUGGGGGCGUGUUUCCCUAAUCAACUCUCGCGUGAACACGUUUUUUCCUGUGCGCGAGGAUUCGGUCACAGCGGUGCCACGCAAGCCGCUGACACACACAGCAAAGAACAAGGGAAAGCCACAUGCAAGGGACACAUGGAGUCACGCAACUUCUUCCUCACUGUGCUCCAGCUGUAAUGUUGUGCACGAAUGGAUUCAAGACACAAACAAUGAAGAAUGUACAGACAGAGAGGAGAUCUUUAUUUUUAGCCAACGUGGGAGCAAAUCUGAAAAACAAUCUGUGACUGAGCGAUCCCUAAAUAUAUGUCGCAGUCACGCCUCGUGUUAAAUACCAAAUCUUUUUUAUAUUAUAUCUGUUUUUUUCCCACCUUGUUGAUCAAAAAGCCUUGACUCCCAAAUUGCAACCCGGCAAUUUAUCUGCCUCUGUUCUUUUAGUACUUUAGGAAACAACCGCAACCUCCUCGCUCACACUCACAGGCUCCAAAUAUAGCUGCACGUGUAUAUAUAGUGGAUUAUGAUUAUAUGGCAUUUAGCAUGCUACUUCAUCCCGGAUAAUCUAUAUAGCAACAUAUAGCAUGUGUGUGUAAUGUAACUUCAGAGCCAUAAGAACCACAACAGGAGACAAACGCCUCUGUGCCCACAGCUGCUGCUGCUGCUGCUGCCGCCUGCUGUGUGAGAGAGAGAGAGCUCACAUCAGCCUCUCUGAGCAGCUAAAAUGUGAUUUCUGCUUCAGCCCGGGGACCUCCUGCAGACAGCAGAUGCGGAAGUAAUCACUUGAUCUCUUCAGACUCCGAUAAGUACUUUUACCCCCCCCUCCAACCCACAGAUUGACGGCAUUUCCUGUUUGCACUUGUCAGUACGUCAGUUCUCAUCUUGUUUUGAGCAAAGGGAUCAUCACCACGAGUCUUUCACAGAUUUCAUGGACCACUCUUGGAUGUUUGGAUGUAUCACACAGGUCCUUUAAAGACAGACACUUUCACAACUCUCGAACUCACACACGAGACACGUUUGUCUGCUGUCGCUCCUCUUUUCCCAGCAGCCGUUUUUACACCGCACUGGUAGAAGAACCCUGAUACUGAUCACAUAAACAAUGGCAGUGUGCAGUUCAUAUAGUCGCGACUGGUGCUACGUUUCCCAAAAUUUGGAUUGGAUGAUUAUUUCAGGAUGAGAAGUCAUCUAUUAUUCGCCGAAUGUGUUUUAGGGCUGCAACAAACAAUUCUUUUCGUAACCGAUUCAUCUGUCAGUUAUUUUCUCGAUUAAUCGAGGACUUGUUUGGGUCGAAAAAUGACAAAAAAUAUUCAAAAACUGUUGAAUCUGUGUUUGACAAACCUGGAAACGAUGAUGUUCUCGAAUAUCUUGGUUUUUGUCCACAGGUUUCAUGAUUUUCUUUGUAACGGAGCCCCAGACAUGACAUGGGGGUAGAAAAAAACACUGGCACACUUUAUAUUUAGCCCUUUAUUAGUAAUUAUUAUAACACCUUAUUCUACAUAACCUUAUUCUACCCCUUUUAUGACAUGAAUUAAGAUUUUUCCUGGUUAAGGUGUUAAUUUGUGCUUAAUAAUUACUGAUAAAGGGCUAGUAUGCUACUUGUAUGCAUGUUAGUAAGCACCUAGUUAAUGGUGAAUAUGUUCCUUAAUAUAAAGUGUGACCAAAAACUCUUAUUUGUGGCCAUAACAUAUUAAAUUGUACACACAAAUUAAUAAAUAUCAGGGGGUUUAUCUAUUUUUUUUUAAUAUUCACAAACAAGAGAGCUUGUUUUGAUUAUUAAAAAAAAAAACUGAAACAGAUGAAUCAUUAAUAAUCAAUUAAUCGGUUAAUUGCUGCUGCCCUAUCGGCCUUCACAUUUACAUUUAAACCUUCGUCAAGUGUUUCCAUUCAGUUUCUUGUAUGUAAAUCAAAAAUACACAUCAAAACAUCAAAGGCUGAUGAAACUGAUUCAUUUGUUUAUUUUCCACCUGUGUCACGUCAAAAUGGCUGCUGUGAAAAUGACCGCCUCCAUUUCCCUCUCUGAUACUGAGAAGGUAAAAUAAUGGCGGUAAAUACCGUUGUUACUGAGUUGAAGAUUAGCGCUGUUGUUGUUGUCACGUGUGACACGUAAGUGCACGCACAUGUGUCUGAACUGGCCUGGGAUGCGUUGACUCAGAGAUUCACCUGCGGAGUUAUCGCAAAACACAUCUUUAGCGAAUAAUGAGACACAGAAACAUGUUUUAAUGGAUAUGAUUUGAUCUCCGAAGGUGCUGUACAUGCAUUUACACACACACACACACACACACACAGCAUCUGUGAAUUAUUACUCAUUUUAACGAUCUGGACGUCUCCGCAUGCUCGUGUGGACAUGAGCAAACUUAACUGAUACCCGCCCCCCCCCCCCCCCAAACUUCCCCCCGCCCCGCGCCCGCUCUCACCCCUCAUUUAAUGUUUGUCACACCAAGUGGGAAAACCUUUAAUACACACUUCCUAACGCUCUCUUCCCUCCAGGCUGUAUCCUGAGCAGAGAUCUAAUCAGUGAAACUGAAAACAUGUGUGUGUUUGUGCAGGGCCUUCCAUGUAUUAGUGAGGUCAUCGGCAGCUGUGGACGAAAGCAAUUAGUGCCGAAGAAUCCGAGGAGGACCUGUUUAGUCAGUGGGAGUUCACGGAGGAGAGAGAGUGGAGUUAAAACGUUAUCACGUCAGAGUUAGAGGAAGAGGAGAGCGCUUGUUGUCCGUUACAUUUCAAAAUAGAAAGAUUAUGUUGUUGCAGUGGAGUUUUACCUCUUUUCCAGGACAGUGGUCUGCUGGCUUCUCCUCUUGGAAGUGUUCAAUGAAACUCUGAUUAACUGCGUUUUUGACUUUGCUCGAUUGUUCCGAGGACUUUUUAGUUGUUUCUUUCACACCUGUCCAUUAUUAACCCUUUAACACCAUAACCAACCAUAGAUGAGACAGAAAAGUAUCCUGUAACUAAGUGCUUUUGUCUGUUUUUCCAGAAUAACUUUCAAUAUCUGGCAGUGAUUUACAUUUAUAAUUUAAAAUGAAGAAAAAGAAGAAGUUUUAUUUAAAAAAAAAAAAAAAGAAAAAAUUGAAAUUUGAACAGUGUAAAACAGAUAAAAUAACAUUUGUUUGAGUCUCAAUGUCCAAAAACAGGUCUUUGACAUGCAACUUCUCCACUUUCAGAAAACGUUGGGAGUUUUUCCGAUACGUGUCACACGUGUCGUCUGCGAUGCGCUCGGUGUUAAAGGGUUAACUUUACGUUUUACCCCUCAAAUGAAUAAACCGCAGACCUUCUCAGUGUAUCUCAGGUGUCCGCCUCGUCGUCCAUGUGUUCAUAUGUCCAUUAGAAUCUGACCACUAAAUGAAAAACCGUGUUACUAACGUGACGUUGCCAAGAUACGACUUAGGUUGCAGCUGUCGCGCGUGUGGAUGGAAGAAGUCGAGAGUUUAAAUGUUUAAACAUGAAAAGCUGCAGAAAUUAUACUGUGUAUAUAUGUGAAAUAUGAAAGAAAAGUGUAGUUCUGUUUAUUUGUACUGUAUUUUGGUGAAAGGCGGGCUUUCUUCAACAACCAUGUGACAGGAAGUGGUCCUUUUUUUUUUAAAUCACCUGGUGAACUCGUUCGUACAUCUGCUCUUCUAUCCGUCCGUUUUCUACCAGUUUAUCCUCCACGUGAGGGUUGCGGAGAACGAUGGAGCCAAUUCCAGCUGACAUGGGUCAAAAGGUCGGAGCACGGGGGAGGGGGGUGGGCCGGGUUUGGGGACACACCCUGGACAGACAGACUAUCACGCUUUCUUUUUAGUGUGUCCAAUUCACCUGAACUCACCUGUACACUCGGGGGAUGAACACGCAAACUCCACUGUGAGGCAACGGUGCGAGCCACUGCACCAUCGUGUGUAAGCCCACAUCUGGGCUUUCUUAACUUUGCACAUAAAUCUCUUUCAAACUCGAGUAGAACAUGUGCAAGUGUACAGAGGUGGAUAAAUCACAGUGACCUCCACUGAUACAUUUUAAAGUUGACUGAGAGAGAAUUUGUUUGAUAUAUGUGAGGAUUAAGAAUAAAACGCUGCUGCCUCUGGAAUAUAAAAAAAUGAUUUCAAAGACGACGCGCUGUGUCAGCGAUUCUCGUCCGUCCACUUAGGGACGUUUAUUGGAAAGUGCAGUUGAGUUGUUGCAUCUGUAACGCUCUGUUUGAGAUGUUUUUCCUUGUCCUCCCGAGCGUUCCUGGCUCUCUGGGCGUCUGCUGACAGCGUCGCACAAACAGCUGCGCCGAGUUAUCUCGCCGUUAAGAGUUUUCUUCUUCUCCUGGAAAGAUGAAAAUAUUCUCCAGCCACUGUUUUGUUUUUUGUUUUUUGUUUUUUUCUCCCUCAUUUCACAACUUAAACUGUAAGUUUUAAGUGUCAAAGCUAAUGGACUGCCAAUGGACAGACUGUAUAUAUAGUAUAUAUAUAUAUAUAUAUGUUUGUGUGUGUGUGUGUGUGAGUGCACUUACCACUAGUAUGUACAUGAAACAACAUGAUCAAAUGGAGAGAAAUCUAGGUCAUUUACUGCUUAGGACCAUUAACGUACAGUAGCUCUAGUUGGCCUCGACAUUCAAAAAGGAAAGUGUGCCUUUAAUUUAUUUUCAUUUUAAACACGUUUUAUGAUUUUUAUUUUUUCAUAUACCUGGGCAUUAUACUGCAUGAGUGGAUUUUCUGUGUUAUAGUCCUAAUGUAAGCUAUGUAGCAAACGCCGCCAUGUUCCUCCCGUCAUUGUAAGAUACUGUAUUUAUACGUGCCGACAGAAUAUAUAAACGAAAAACUUUAUCGAUAACCUUUGUAUCGACAAUCUUGUACAGUCUCAUCGUUAUUUAGGAUAAAAAAGUUGUUUUUUUUCCUCUUUCUCAUUUGUAAUCACUUCAUUUUGUGCCAUUAAAAAAGUCAAGAAUUA